CUCUCUCUCUCUCUCUCUGUCUCUGUCCGUGGUGCUGAAAUCAGCUGCUGAUCGAUCGAUUCAUUUUCCAUCUGGAUCAAUAAUCAUCACCAGGAGUUAAUCACUUUUUAAUUUUUUCUUAAUUGGAUUCUGGAUUUUUUAAACUGAGGAAAUAGAUGAAACUCUGCAGCUGGACUUUUACUGUCUCUGACCCGGGGACUGAAGACUCUGAGUCCGGCUGGAGAUGGAGGUUUCUGCCUCCAGCUGCUCCAGGUUCCGCAUCGACUCCCUGCUCUCCCUCAGGCCGCCCGGCGCGCUCCUCUCCCGGACAGACCCCCCGGAGCUCAGCCCGGGCAGCAGCAGCGGCUGCUCGGCACCUCCUUCCCCGCGGAGAGAGCCCGUUCCCCGGCUGGAGUCUCCUCUGCUGGCCGGUCAGCCGCAGCCCCGCUCCGUCAGCUCCUCCUUCCUGAUCCGGGACAUCUUAGCGGACUGUCGGUCUUUCUCUGACCCGGGACAGGCUGAACUAGAAGCCGAGACAUUUCAGUCCCGACAGGAUGGAGACUACCAGGAUAAAAGUCUGAGCAGCUCCUGUUCUGACAGUGAGUCCAGAGUGCGCGGCGGGACCUCAGACCCCGCCGCGGGCCGCCUGAAGAAGCCUCGUAAAGCUCGGACGGCGUUCAGCGACCAGCAGCUGUCGCGGCUGGAGAGAAGCUUCCAGAAGCAGAAAUACCUGAGCGUCCAGGACCGGAUGGAGCUGGCGGCUUCACUGCAACUCAGUGACACCCAGGUGAAGACCUGGUACCAGAACAGGAGGACCAAGUGGAAGCGUCAGUCAGCUGUUGGUCUGGAGCUGCUGGCUGAGGCCGGCAGGAUGUUCCUGCCCACACACUACCUGUACCCGCCUGCCCCGCCCACACUGGACCUAUACCUGUACAGAAGCCACACCCACCAGCACUCAGCCCCGCCCCUGCUGCCCCACAUCCUGACCCACACUGAACCACACCCCCGCUGACACCAGCGCCCCCUUUCCACCGUCUCUGGUUCUGGCUUUGUUUCUCCGCUCGGCUCAGGGACGAGAUCCUGGAACCGGACUCUGGCUCAGGAGCUGAUACUGAAUCCGAGUUCAGGUUCUUUCAGAGCUGUUGAUUGUGAUUGGUCGAGGACAUAUGACAUCACAACAACAGAAACCGGAGAACAGGACAUCAAACCAACAGGUCCAGAGCUUGGAUGUCGUCCAUCAUGAUGUGACAGACGUUCAGAUGGGAGGAGACUGGAGUUGAGAUGUUUUGAUAAAAACGCAUCUG